GGAGUUGAGCACCUUCAAAGUGAAAUAUCUCCUUUUUUUAAAAAAAGUCUUUUAAGAUGUUUUGGUGUAGCUCCCCGAAGGGGAUGACCUAGCCUAGUGCCUUGCUGCUAUCAAGAGGCACAUCAGGAGAUCCUGUUCCUGGCAGCGUGGUCUCACUCCUCGGCCUGCACUAGCUGGUGUGUCUGUUAGUUGGGUCAGCUGGGACUAAAUGAAUGCCAGCCUCGAUGAACAAGUUGAAAUCAUCACAGAAGGAUAAAGUGCGUCAGUUUAUGGUCUUCACGCAAUCUAGUGAAAAGACAGCAGUGAGUUGUCUGUCUCAAAACGACUGGAAGUUAGAUGUUGCAACAGACAACUUUUUCCAAAAUCCUGAACUUUAUAUACGGGAGAGUGUUAAAGGAUCAUUGGACAGAAAGAAGUUAGAACAACUAUAUAACAGAUACAAAGAUCCUCAAGAUGAAAAUAAAAUUGGUAUAGAUGGUAUACAGCAGUUUUGUGAUGAUCUAGCUCUUGACCCAGCCAGCAUCACUGUACUCAUCAUUGCAUGGAAAUUCCGAGCUGCAACGCAGUGUGAAUUUUCAAAGCUGGAAUUCAUGGAUGGAAUGACUGAGCUAGGAUGUGACAGCAUAGAAAAACUCAAGGCCCAGAUUCCUAAAAUGGAACAAGAAUUAAAAGAGCCAGGAAGAUUUAAGGAUUUUUAUCAGUUUACUUUCAACUUUGCAAAGAAUCCAGGACAGAAAGGUUUAGAUUUAGAAAUGGCCAUUGCCUACUGGAAUUUAGUACUUAAUGGAAGAUUUAAAUUUCUAGACUUGUGGAACAAAUUUUUGUUGGAACAUCAUAAAAGAUCAAUUCCUAAGGAUACCUGGAACCUUCUUCUAGACUUUAGUACAAUGAUAGCAGAUGAUAUGUCUAACUAUGAUGAGGAAGGGGCAUGGCCAGUUCUUAUUGAUGACUUUGUGGAAUUUGCACGCCCUCAAAUUGCUGGGACAAAAAGUACGACAGUGUAGCACUAAAGGACCCUUCUAGAGUGUACAUAGUCUGUACAAAUACCUGAAAUGGAAAAUUGCACAGUCAAUUUCUGCUGGCUGGACUGAACUGAAGAUCAAUCCUCACAAUAUGGCUGAGGGUUGAGACAAACCUUUAAGGAUACAUCUUGGACCAUAUCAUAUUUCAUUCUUCUACUGGUGGUUUGGGCUUUUCUUCUAGUCUGGACCACUCUUGCCCGUUAAAAUUCCAACAUUGUGGAUUUCAUCAUGGAUUUUUUAUUUUUUUUUUUGGUGGACCGCCCUAGUUUCAUCUCCCAUAAGUCCUAGAAGCUUUAUAAUGAUUUUGAGGUUUCUGGUUUCACAUAAAGCACAAUGCUGGUCAUCAUCAGACAACUGUUGUAUGGCAUCUGAAUUAUACCAAUCAACAUCAAAACAAUUUUUAACAGAAUCCUUAAAUAUACACUUGGGGCUAGUUGCAAAGACUGUAUUGAUAGCACUUCCUGUGAGAGUGAUAUAUUUAAGUGUACUGGGUCCGAUAUUUUUUUUUUCUUUUCUGGAAAAGUACAGGUAUCGUCUAAGUGAGUUUGAAUAUCUGGUAAAAACAAUUACAGAAAUAAGUAUGAAAACCCAAGGUUGUUGAUACUGGGGUAUCUAGGUGCCUAUCUGAAUGGUUUGAUUGUACAUCAGCUGACUGUGAGAGCAGUUGAAGUACGACACAACUACUGUGCACUUAAAGCACCCGUGUUUAAUGUUAUAGUCAGCCUUCAGUGAGCGUCAUUGAGAUAAGCUGUGUGAGUCAUGAUAGAAUCUAAUAUUCUCUAGGUUAUUAUGUAAGAAAUCAGAUUUCAUUACAGUUUUGAAAUGCUUAUCUGUCUGUCAAAGAAAGGUUUUUCAUUUCUGUGGAAAUCUCAAACUUGAAUAUACUGAAUUUGUGUCUUAAAUGUUUGCUACACAAUACAGUAUUUUAAAUGGAGACAUGUAAUUUUUAUGGUUGAGGUAUGAUGAAACAAAUGGCCCUGUUGUACAAGAAGCUGGUGAGUUUGAUGUGAAUCUAAGGUUUUGAAAACAUUACCUUAGGAAGUAAGUUAAAUCUUUAUAACAUAGAGGUACUGCCAUUGUGGAUGACACCCAUUUUUUAAUUAUUUUGUUGAGUUUUUCUUAAAUUGACAUAUCACUGUGGUUGCCAAAUAUAGAAAUUAAGAGUAAAGCUUUCCCAAACAAGCACAGACCAGAUAUGAAAUACUACACUGGCUUGCUUUGUUUAAAUUAUUGUGUUGAUCAUCACUACUUCUUAUUGUUUUACUGCAUUUAACUAAAUCAAGUUAACUUUGUUCAAAACAGGUUUUUAUCAGAUGCAGUUCUUUAUUUUUAAUAUUACAAGAGCUUUCGAGCUGCUUUUGUGCUAAACAUGGUCUUUUACUCCUCACUUAGUUACUUGUGAAGAAAUUUGGUAAAGACUGUGUAAAACCAGCUGGAAAAUACCAAGCUCCAGGUGAAAAGAAAGACUAGUUACAAGUAAGGAUAGAGGUUAAAAUCCAUGCUCUAAAUAGUCCCACGGCAAGGGCAGGAUUAUUUUUGACAUGAGCAAUUGGUACUUGCACUAAACAGCAGAAUACUUUUAGGCAGAUGCUAAAAGUAUUUUAGGAAAAAAUUGACCAUUAAACUGCUAAAGCAUUUUUAUUUGUACUCCCUGAAGUUGAUGAUAAGGCUAGCUCCCCUUAUAGCAGUGCCCUUUUAAGAAAAUCCAGUUGUGCAUUUAUUUCAGGAAUACAGUUCCACAAACAUUUGCAAACUUCCUCCAGCUACUGGAAUUGGCUAUGCCAAAAAAUGUGUGUUUUGCUGCUUUCAGUAUUUCCUUUCUCAAUUUUGUGUAAAUAUAAAUGGGGAUUUGAAAUUACGGGGUGGGGUGGGGAUGGAAAAAAAGCUCUACGAAGUAUCUAUGCGUGCUGUUUUCUGUCUUGAGGGUUUUGGUACAGUUUUGGAUUGAUUAGUUCAAGUAUGCUGUGUUUGGAGAGGAGAACUGACUUGCUUUUUAUCCCAGUACAGACUUGUCCCUCAAACAAGUCUGAGAUUGGGUAGUGGCGUAAUGCCGUGGUGUUUUAAAGAAUAUUCCUUUUGAAUGCAAGAUCUUUUCAACAAAAUAGUGUUGUCAUCAGUUUGGUACUACACGCUUAUAAUUACUGUGUAAUUAUAAAGAAAUACAUAAAACUUAGACUAAUUAUGUUGCAGAAAAGGGUUAUUUGUGCUAUGAUGGCAUCUUAAAUUUUUUCAAAAAUGAGUGACUGAAGUUGAAAGAAACAUUGAUCUAACAGGGUGUUGUUCUAAGGACAAAAUGCCUGGUUACAGGGAAUAUUUUGUAUUGAAAUGUGCUCAGAUGUGGCCAUGUGGUUUUUUCCUUUAUAUAUUUGUGUGGUUUUUUUUUUGUUUUUUUUUUUUUAUUUUAAAGAAUGCAGACAGUUGCUUACUUGGAUUUCUUUAAUUCGUAAGUGCUUAUGUCUUCAAUUUGAUGAUCUCCCCUUAAACGGAUCAAUUUCAUUUUGCCAAAUGUCAAGGGAAAAAAAAAAAAAGCAAACAUCAAGUUUGUAACCUGUUUUUAUACAUUAAAUAUGUACAAAAUUAGAAGUGCCCUGAUAUAAAACACUUAAUCUCAAGAUUAUAUUUAGUAAAAAAAACCCCAUCAUUUACAUAUCUCUGUAAGUUCAAAUGUAACUUCUUACAAUCCCUCUCAUUACCAACAGAGGCAAUAAAGCUCCAGUGAAAUUGC